UUACUCCCACACAAGAGAUAAACCUGGAGAGUAUUCAAGAACUAUCAACAUUAGUGUAGUGCUCAGGGACACGAAUAGCUGUGGUGAUGUGUUAUUCAAAUAAACGCGUACAAAAAAUCGAAUUGAAACUUGUUUUGAAAAACAACAAUAGCCAGCGGCAAAGCAAUAAACAACUAGUGCAUGAACUAAAGAUUAGCAAAAGAAAGAAAAAAACAGUGCCCCUAAGAUAACAUUCAGUAGACGUGGUAGAUAAAGAUAAACUAGUCUAAAGUUCUUAGUAACUGUGCAAAAUGAUCGCCUUGGUGUUGUGCUUGCUUGGUAAAAUAAUUGAAGUGACAAAAAGUGCACACAGUAAUUGUGAAUUGGAACAAUUUCAACCUAGGAACAGAAAAACUCGGAAGCGGAGAAAAAGAGCUCGGAAAAAGAGGAGACGGCAAGGGCCACCGCCACGGCUGGGGCUGAAGGCGGCGAGCCCCGGGGUGGCAGGCGCCGACGAGGACUGCAACAGCAACACGAGCCUCACCGGGAGCCAGCAUUCGCACGAUGACAUCGAUGCACACUGCGACAACUCCGGGUACCUCUGGUUCCUCGACUAUAACCCAAUUUUUCGAGACGGUUCCUGCCACCACACCUCAGUGCUGUCAUCCGUGUCUGCUUCUUACAAGGGCAUAAGCGAUUUGACAUCUCGAUUCGAAUUCACGUCCCGAUACAACGACAUAGCACGGGACCUCGACGCAAACCUUGCUGAGGCUGAUAUGGAGAGUUUUAGAACUGAAGACAUACACGCACUGCUGAUGACCGCCAACUUGCCUCACGACACCAUCAUUGAUGAUAGAACGCAUGAUAGUAACCCCCGUGGCGAGAUGUUCGCGAGCAUCUCUAGCUCUCUCAUGGAAAGGUUUCGGUUCGACAGCAGUGUCAGUGCCGACAGUAGUUUCCAGGGUGAAGAAUCCGUCGGUUCGAUCAACACAAUGUCGAUAUGCAAGUCAGAACUUCUGUUCUCCCCCGUAAAAGAGGGUAUACAUGGUGUCCACUUCAGCGUUGAUAGUUUGGACUGCGAGCUGCCCUCUGAGCAGGAUCUUAUUCUCACCUGCCAAGCCAACAAGGACAACUACACCAUCGCCUUUGAGGGCAGUCUCACCACAUACUCUGAGGACAGCGAGUGCGUUGAACCGGCCGUCAAUCAAAAACAUGACAAAUUGGGCGAGGAAGAAACCUUAAUUUUAGAUAACGAUGAAAGAACGCGCAGGAAUUUAGAAUUAUUAGAGAGAUGUAAGAAAUUAACUAAUAAGCUAACGACGUCUAUGGCUAGAAGCGAUUUAGGAUUAACUACAUGGAGUAAGCUUAAGAAACAAACAAAUCAGUCACCCUUAAGGAGGCACCCCUCUGGUAAUAACAACGAAGGUUCAAAUGAAGCGACUGAUGUGACAGACGACAACAUGAGCAAUUCAGUCAUCAAAAGCCAAAGUUUGCCAAAUCUGUAUAGGCGAAAACUCAUGAAUAGUUCCAUAAAUUCAGCUGCUCUGAGUAAUUCAACGGUCGAUUCUUUCACCGUGAAUCAAAGACUAAUGGGUACUCCGAUGUGCAUGAAAGUGUACGAUGUAUCACAACACCGAUCACAAGGGAGUCAACAUUCAGAACCUAUGAGCACAUCUUCAACUGACAAUCAAACCUCUUCUGAUAAAAGUCAACCAAAACAAACGUUUAGUCUAGUAAAGUUAUUUAUGAAACAAAAAAGUAUGAGCAAUGACGGUAUCGUAAGCAUGGAUCAGAUGGAUAGAUCAGAGUGCUGGCCGUCGAGCUCAGGAGGAGAAAGUGGAGAAUCAAUGGGCGAACAAAAAUUAGUCGACUCCAAAACUGCAAUUUCUGAGCGCCCUCAGAUUGAUUUACCAAGUACUCCUGUGGAAGAAGUUUCAUCAGUGGUCUAUGAAGAGAUACAAACAGUAAAUCCUUUCAAUAACAGAGUAUACGAUGAAGUUUUAAUUGAAGAAGAAGAAACAGGUGACGGAGCUAAAUUGAGUGACAGUGAGAGUAAUCUUUAUGCUACAGUUAACAAACCACAUAUUAAGAGAACUAAUUUAAACAUUGUGAAUAGUCCUUCUAGGAUGAGAACGAACAGAAAGUCGUGUUCUUCUCAGUCUUCCGCCACUAGUGUAAGCAUUUCAAGCUGCUCUGAGUCUGACGGUACGCAAAUAACUAAAAUGAAUAGGCUGUUACAACGUGAGCAAUGUGAUCACAAAUCGACGUCAACUCACCUUGAAGCUGAUACCAUAGAUAAGAGUAUACAAACUUCCAGCAUGCAAUUAUCUAAUAUGUCGCAAAGAGAGAUAUUCAAGGUCGUUGAACCUUCGUUUUUAGAAAAAUUAAAAGAAGGAGAUUGUGAGAAACCCGUGUUUGUUUUAUAUCCCAGUUAUACUUUGCCAGACAUCAGUUUCCUGAACGGGAGGCCAAACAUUUAUUUGAAUCCCUUAAAAGUAAACGUUUCUCCCAGAUCGAGUGAAAGCAAGAAAAACAGACUACAAGUAAAAGGAAAAAGACCGUUUUCAUGCAAUGAUCUUGAAAUGUUAAAGAAGAAGGGCCUCGGUCAUAUAAAAGACUGGGAUUCGCUAAACUUUUUACUUCCAAUGGAAUGUAAGCAACUGCUCUCUGAAGUCCCUGAACUUAUGCAACACAUAAAAGAAAAAGAAGGAGUGCAAAAAUGUGGAGACAAAUAUUGUAGUGCUUCACCAGCAUCAAGAUCGAAAAACCGACCAACAAGUUGUGACUGUAACAAUUUAGUGGGAAAUACAACCACAGUAUCGUCAAGUUCAAGCACAGCUACUCAACCUUCUUCGGGAUACCGUGGUUCAUCCACAAUGCUGACCGAUUCUUCAGCACAAAAUAGUCCUGCCCCAGCAGGGGCUUUCAAUCCAUUGUUUGUGUACCGCUAUGAUAGUGCAACAAGCUCAGAAGCAAGUGGUGUUAACAACGACGGUCAGAGAAUUAAUCCCAGUAUUCCAAAACGUUCACUCUCGUUAGCAGAUCAAAGUCGUAUUCCCAAACAAGGUGAAUUAGCGCCACCAAGGCCGCCGUUGCCAAAGAGCAUAUUACGUAAGUCAAUGGAUAAGACUCGGAAAUCUAGCACACAUACUAAACGAUAUAGUAUGUUCGAAAUGGACGAUCUUAUUCAAGAUCCAGUUGUAUGCAUGACAGCAGCAACGGAACACAAAACUAAAAGGAGAUCGUUGCAAGAACCGUACUAUCUCCAGAAUCAAACGAUGGAUUAUAGGAAGAACAACGAUAUAGCUGCGAAAAGAUUAUCACAACAAUUCCUUGAUGCCGCGGAGAAAGACGCAGAUUACAACGAAUAUUAUCCAGAUGAAGGUGUUGGUACGGAGAGUAGCCUAGAAUCUGGAAAAUCGAAUGAAUUAAAGUUUCAUAGGCCACACACUCCACCAUUACCUAAACCAAGAACAAAGCAAAUGGAGUAUACUGAAUUUCCACCCCCUGGUGCACUAAUCAGUAGUGCAGAUUUGCAGCAACUUGAAGAGUUCUUGAAACACAGUGGAUUUAACUGUCUAAAUAUGGAUGAGUGGGAUCAGAAUCAAGUCCAAAAGGUAAGGAACCAGGUGUCCAAAUUUCUUCAGAUGAAGCGAUCUCAGGAGGAGAAUCAAAGGUCCACGGAAUCAAGUGGCAGUAGUUGUAACAGUAAAAAAUCAGUGAGUUUUGCGCAGAAGUCUGAGGCCACGAAGGCCGAGAGCCAGUCUCAAUUAAAACCUAUGGAAGAUGUAAAGGGGGUCAGUCUAACCACGCCACCUAACUCUCCAAAUAUUUCCGCUGUGAUAGCGCAGAGGCUUUAUCAGGGAAAGAAUUUAGCUGAAAUUCCUAUCUGUGAAGAAGCUGAAGUAAGCCCUGAUGAAUUUGGAAGUCCUCUCCAUCAUGACGCGAGAGGGAAAUAUGAUGUGAUUGACGUAUCACAGAAAAGAGCCUUAGUUUCAAACGUUACCGAUGCUGUAGAAAUGCUUAUCCAACAUUUCUCGUCCGCUACGGAUCAGGCUGAGUUAGCUUUCUUAGGAGACUCUAAAGAAUCUCCCGUCUGUGCAAAAAUAGCCUUAAAUGCACUAUGUCCAGCUUUGUACGCAAUAUUCAGGGACGGCCUUAAAGAGAACAUCGAAACUUCUUUUGGAGCCGUGAAUAAUUCCGUUUGGCAAAUGGUAGAAGCAACCGCAAGACAAGGACCAAUCACAAAAUCUCUAAAUGAAUUGGUACUAAGAAUUAACAGUGAAGACGCAGUCAUCGAGGGCUUGGUCAAAUUUAACGCCUUCAUUCUUGGUUUGCUCAAUGCACAAUCAGUAGACGCUUGGGUAUCAUACAUCCGUACACGAGAGUCUAUCCUUGCCAAACACUACAGUCCUGAUUCUUUGAUCCUUGCCGGUUGUGUGGGAGAACCGCGAUGCCGUGCUCUUCUAGACACAUUGCUGGCCAGCCUGGAACCAUUAAAACUCUUACCAUUCUCCUUGGACCUCAUGUUUGAAAUGCGUGAGCUGCAUAGAAGUUUCAAGAAGAUCGAAAGCGACAUGCGUGCCGCCAGUCGGCCCACUUCGAUUAACACUCCACCACUAACCCUGAACCAGCGGAAUUUGCUGAAGCUGGUGCGCUCGAUGCAGUCGAGCGGUCUCUCCAGCGACGACUGUCAGACCAGUGUCAUAAUGAGACAUAAAGAGCCCAAAAACAAAGAACCGUCAACACCCGACUUGCUGAAUGAUUCGGCAAACGUAAAGACCACAGUUGAAAAGAAUAGACCACGCUCAUGCGUUAAUCCGACAUUGAUCGGCUAUGAUAUUUGUCCGAACAAUAGCAGGAUAGAGAUAGAAAGUAACCGCAGAUGGUCCGGAGUGCACUUGGGCUCUAAAUUAAUGCAGGCGUUCGAUAGGCUCGUGUUUGAUGACAGUGACGAUUACACUGAUAGCCUAGAAAAUAAUAAGCCUCCCACCGCUAAACCCUCCAGCAAUGAAGUGAAGCUGGAGUGCAGCGGUGAGGAGCAUUGGCGGCCAGGUUCUGCCAGUAGCGGUGCAAGUGGCAACACUGGCAAUGGUAGCGGCAACUCGGGUGGCAAGUUCCGUCGUCUGCAACUCAAGUGGGAAAUGCUCAGUAAUGCUGAAAGUCCCGUUACGCCCUCAGGAGAGACGUCACCAGCAGCGGCUCGUAGUUCCAAGAUCCCCAGGCCUGUAUCCUCGCCUGUACGGCCGGUAGCACCAACGUUGCAGUCGCCGGCCAAGACAACCCAUCGGGGAAUACCAGUACCAGUGCGCAAAGGAACCUCUCCUACCACCACCACACCCAGAGCCUCAACCGCACGGGCUGGAACGGCCAACAAGAAACCACCACAAGCCGCAAACAGAGUAAUACCCGAGACGACGGCGAAACGACCCGAGGUGAAGCCGAGAGUACAAAAUGUAGCUGUUUGUAACACUACCAAUGUUAAAAGAACACCGACGUCUCGAGUGGACGGUGCGGGUCACAGCGGCGCAGCCCCGAGGCCAUCAUCACUACCGUACGGUCGCACGCCUCCCCCCGCCGCGCCACGACGAGCCGCUUCCUCAUCAGCGGCACGAGCACACCACGCCACCACCCAGCAGAAAAACAAAUACGUGAGAACACUGUGGCAUCGGCUACCGUCAGACUCCGGGCAUCUCGCGUUCAACGAAGGAGAACGUCUUCGAUUGAUAUUGGAGGUAGAUGAUCAGUACCUGCUGUGUUGUCGAGGUGAACAGAAAGGGCUAGUACCGCGGGAUGCCGUGCUCUUAGAGGAUUUCUGAUAUUGGCAGCCAUAGCAUGACUGGCAGCCAUGUUGGCGCCCGUUACGUUUGAACGGCAAACGUUAGAUUCGGUGAAAAUCGCUUUCCGUUUGUAUUUUCCAUUGUUUUAAGAUCUUUAUAAUGAAUUUGUUCGAAUCCAUCUCGUCUAAAGUCAUCAUUCAUGUUUCCAAGCAAUGAAGAAUAUAAACGAGAAAAGUUUGAGAAUAUGUGCAAUAGGUUUCGGAGUGAAGAAUUGUUAUGGAACUAUUACUUCGUUUCGUCUGAAAAUGUGUGAACUCUUGUGUUGUGUAGUUUGAUUCGGUAUGUGAAAAUGAAUGUGAUCAUGAACUAUGCUGUUCAAAGACAAUGUGAAUAUUCUUGUAAUGUUAUUCUAUGUUUCAUACUCUACUCCACUCGAUUGGAGCGCUAAUAUUAUGUCUUAAUCAUUAUUUAUAAUUAUUUAAUUUCGAUAUUGUUACUCAGCAAUAUUCAUACUUCGCAGAAUCUUAACAUCAUUAAAUAUCUCUCACAUUUCUAAUUAUUGUAGUAAAAUCUAGUCUUACGUUAUAAGGCACGACAAGGUCUUGGACUGUAUAUAAAUUUAUUUUAAGUAACACAAAUUGUGGGAAUAUUUACUGGGAAUGGCUGAGCGUGAUGAAGACUCUUAAUGACGCAUUGACAGUAAAUAUUUAUCUCAAUAAUAUGUGAUAUAUAGAAUACUAUUUACUUUUAUGGUAGGAACAAAAUCUCAUACCUUAAGGGCAAACUCCAUUGUAUCUUAAAAUCAUUUAAUUCAUGACUGCCAAGGGAAACACGCUCCAAAGUACUUCGUUGUUUAGAUAAAUUACUUAAAUGUGAAUUUGAUGUCUAAAAUUACCCUUGAUAUAAACGGUACUUGUAUAGUAUACUAAUUACGACCUAUUGGUAUUAGUGACUUAACAUGGUAGGUAUAAGUUUAAAGGAAAUUUUAUAGUACUUCGGUGACUAAGUAUUGUUUUGUGAAUGUUUCACUAAAUUUUAAUAAUCGGGUACGGUGUAUCUGGAAAAUAUUGACAAACAUUGACAGAAAAGCUAGCCACAGAUUGUGUAACUUCUGGCUACACUAACUGCAUGCAGCCUAGUCCGACAUACACCUUCCUUAGCGGUCUGUGGUAAACGGUUCAUUAACUUGUGGUGUAGGUGGAAUAACUGGUGUACAUUAUUAACUGCAUGGCCCUUACCGACACUGCCUUCCCUAAGCCGGCCUACACUCUCAAUCAAACCCCAACUGACAGCUCAUACUACGGUGUUGGUGUAUAACUACCUCGUACAUCUAACUGCAUGCGCCUCUCCACUACACACCUCCCAAAUACCAGCACAAUAUUCUUGUAAUAUCACUUUUUAAUUCUGUACGUACCUACCGUACCUGACUAUGUACAUUACUAGCGAUAUUAAAUCAAUUAUGAUAUCGAUAUUGAUAUUAAAGAUGGAUUCGUCAUCUCAAUGUCUGCUUAACAGUCACGAAUAUUAUUGUGAUACAAUGGUCAUAUCACUGCUAUUAUGAUGCGGAAAGAAACGAUAUUUUUGGUAUGUAUUGUAUUUUAUUGCUCAAGUUGGAAGCGCAACAUUAUCGGAUGAUAUGAUUGAUAUUAAUAUUCGAGACGUAAUACUCUAAUAUUUAUACCUAUUAUAAAUUUCAGUAUUCGUUAUUGGUGUAAAGUAACUGUACAUAAUAUUAACUAUGGAGUUAUUCUUAGUAGUGAUUUUAGAGGUCAAAAUUUGUAAGAAAACGUUUUGAAUGCACGAUACAGUUCCUCUCGUAGUCCGUCGUGCUAUCGAGUCACAGCAUUGGUGAACAUGUAGUCGAUAUACUCGUAGUGAGCUAAAUUAUUGUAACUUGCGUGUAACCGAGGAGUGUUUCUCGAGGCAGUCGUGAUGAUUGACUCUUGCCAACUACGUUCAGUGAACAAGUGUGAGGCUCGUCGCCGCGAUAAUCUCAUCUAGAUGCGGACGUAAGUUGACAUAAAUUAGAACUGUACAAUAGAAUUAAUCUAUACAAUAAUUAGGAUAAAAUGUUAUCUAAAUUAUAGUUGAAUUAUUUAGACGAUCGUAACUUUGAACGUUUGUAAAAUACACAUUUUCAUUACAGUGUUAGGGUAAUUUGCGCUUUGUGACUGAAUGAUGUGUUGUGGCCUUUGUAUGUAUUAAAGUUAUAUAGUGUUACUGUGUCGUGUGUGUGCGCUUGUUGCAUCAGUCGAGGUAUUCAUUGUAUCGUCUUAACGUUAAUAGCAUGGGGAAUGCUUCCACAAAUUAUUUAUUAUAGUAAUCGAAACUCCUAAAUAGCCGUUAAAGUAUUAGUCGAACAAACAUGCCUUAAAGUAAUCAAAGUAAUAACUCUUCGGAGGAGGUAGUGGUUGUUCGCUUUGCGACAGCUUCAACAAGUAAUCGCUUCGCAGUUAGUAUCUUGCAGUACCAUAGGAGUUUGUUAGUCGUAAGUUUUUAUCAACAGUUUGUAUUAUUGAAUGAUGUUGAACUGGUUUUUUAUAAAAUGACAAUCCUGCGCGUUCGUUUUAAGGUAUUGUUAGAUACAUGUGGUGAGUCAGUUGUCCUUAUGGGUACAAAAGGUUAAGUUAUUCUACUAUUUUUCGUGAGUAAGAUUUUUAUUUAUAAUUUUUACGAUUGGGAUCAAUAAGUUGAAUUUUGUGUUGAAACUUUAUUUUCUUAAUAAAAGAGUAAAAAUAAAAAGAGGCUUUCGUUACUUUACGAAACGUCAACGAACGACUGAGAAAUUAUUCCGAAUAUUAUAAUUAAGUUUAUUUCGAAAAAAUAUUAAUACUAAUAUUUAAUUAAAAGAUGUAUGUAUUAUUAUUAUCAAUUGUUUUCUGGCGUGACAUUAUCUCAUUCAACGUAUGUAUUUGUUUAAAUAUAUUUUUAUUUGUGUUAAGUGCCAUAAUUUAAUGAAUUAACAAUUGAUAAAUAUUAUUAUAAUGCAUAACCAUGUACACCAAUUAAACAAUAUAUAAAAGAUA